AUGAAAAGAAAAGAAGGGUUUAUUAUGAACAUGUACCAUUUGCAACAGCUUCAUCAUCAUCAACCCAUGACGAAGAUGGAUUCUAUGAGAAAGAGGGAGAGAAACAAAAGCAUGGUGGAGAAAGAGAGGCUUCAUGUGAUGGACUUGAGUGGCAUGGCCUUGGACUCUCUUCCCAAACCUUCUCUUGAUUUUGCCACCAUUUGCAAGUUGGACUUAUCCAACAACAAUCUCCAGGACAUUCCAGAAUCCUUAACUGCGAGACUCCUGAACGUGGAGGUGUUGGAUGUUCGUUCCAACCAGCUUAAGUCUCUUCCUAAUUCCAUUGGUUGUCUCUCUAAGCUUAAGGUUUUGAAUGUCUCAGGCAACUUCAUCGAAUUCCUCCCCAAAACCAUUGAGAAUUGCAGAGCAUUGGAAGAACUGAAUGCGAACUUCAACAAGCUGAGCAAGUUACCAGACACAAUAGGGUUUGAGCUGAUAAACCUGAAGAAGCUCUCAGUGAACUCCAACAAGCUGGUUUUUCUUCCCAGCUCCACCUCACACCUAACAUCGUUGAAGGUUCUGGAUGCACGCUUGAACUGCCUAAGGGCACUUCCGGAGGACCUUGAGAACCUCAUCAACCUUGAGACCCUGAAUGUGAGCCAGAACUUCCAGUACUUGGAAACCCUCCCUUAUUCUGUAGGGCUCCUCUUGUCCCUGGUUGACCUUGACGUAAGCUACAACAAGAUCAAGACCUUGCCUGAAUCCAUAGGGUGCCUGAAGAACCUCAAGAAGCUAAGUGUUGAAGGGAACCCUCUGGUUUGUCCCCCAAUGGAGGUGGUGGAGCAGGGACUGCAUGUGGUGAUGGAGUUCAUGCAGCAUAAGAUAAACUCGAGCGAUCAACACCCAACAACAAAGAAAAGGUGGUGGAUGGUGAAGAUGGUGAAGUGUGGAGUGAGAAGUGGAAAACGACGAGAGCACGAGGGUUACAACAUGCUGAAGCAACAGAGAAUGAAUGGUUUUGCUUCGCCAGGCUUCAUGGGGAUGCUCUCUCCUCUUCGUCUCUUCUCAUCUCCCCGCCAUCCUCGCCAUUCUCGCCAUUCCAUCGGUUGA